AUGCAUACCUCUCGCAAGGCGCUCAACAUGAUCAAGUAUCUAAUCUUGAUGCUAACGUUUAUGUGUGUUGUGAUUGAAAUAAUUCAAAUCGUAGUUGGUGCGGUUCUACAUCGACUUUUCGCGACCUAUACCGUGUUCAUUGACAACGACUUUGUGCGUGCGACUCACUUCCUGAUAGCGGUCGGUAUCGUGCUUGUGUGUCUAUCAAUUUUCGGCUUUGCGGCUAUUAUUUUCGAAAAUGUGAUAAUGAUACUUUUGUAUGCAGGGAUGUUCGGAUUGGUCGUUAUCCUCGAAAUCAUUCUCGCAUCGGCCGCCUUCUCGAUGCAUAACCGUGUGGACAGCAUGCUUACCCGACGGAUGAACAUCGUGAUACAACAGUUCCAUAUCGAUCGUUUCAUGCGUGCCAGUUUCAACCAUAUGCAAACUUCGAUGAACUGUUGUGGUAUUCAAUCUUAUGUCGAUUGGACCAAUUUCCAUCCGGACCGAGAGCUACCCAACUCCUGCUGCCGUCGUUUUGAGGACGGAUGUAUGCCAUACGAUCGCGGAUGCCAUGCACCAAUGUCCGACUUUAUAGGCUCACGCAUCCAUAUGAUUGCAACGGGAACUACGAUUAUUGUCGUGUUCCAGGUCGUCUGUAUCAUUACCGCCAUUAUCAUGGGAGCCCGUUUGUCGUUGUAUAAGCGACGACUUCGUGAAGCCGGCAUAAGCACGAACGUAGUAACUGCUCCCGAGCCUAUUCUGACGGAGAAGCCAAAAUAUUAA